AUGGAACGCAGCACGGCCCUCUGCCGGUCGAGGCCGGUAGUGCAGGCGCGGCUCCGCGCUGGGACUGGUCGUUUCGCAGCCAUUUUCUGUCCAACCACACAGCCGUCUCAGGGAGGGAACCAACCAGGGCUUCAUAGCAGGAACAUUUGAAGCCGAUCCGCAUCCCGCAGCUUCCCGGGUUCCAGUCGGGUGCUCUGAAAUAGUCACAGAUGGACGGCGACAGCUCGACCACCGACACGUCUCAGCUGGGCAUCACUGGGGAGUACAUGGCCUCUGGGCAGUACGUCCUCCAACCCCAGGAUGAGGACGGAGAGGAGAGCAUGAACGACCACGAGGAGGGGGGCGCCAAGGAGAACUACAGAGAGCAGGACAUCUAUCUGCCCAUCGCAAACGUGGCGCGCAUCAUGAAGAACGCCGUUCCUCAAACUGGAAAGAUCGCCAAAGACGCCAAAGAGUGCGUGCAGGAGUGCGUGAGUGAGUUCAUCAGCUUCAUCACGUCGGAGGCGAGCGAGCGCUGCCACCAGGAGAAGAGGAAGACCAUCAACGGCGAGGACAUCCUGUUCGCCAUGUCCACGCUGGGCUUCGACAUGUACGUGGACCCGCUGAAGCUCUACCUGCAGAAGUUCCGAGAGGCGAUGAAGGGAGAGAAGGGCAUUGCAGGCGUGCCGGUCGGGGAGGGGCUGACCGAGGAGCUGACAGAUGAUUUCACAAACCCGCUUCCAGCAGGGAUCAUCACGGCAGACGGGCAGCAGCAGAACGUCAUGGUGUACACCACCUCAUACCAGCAGAUUCCCACCGUGCAGCAGAUCCAGUUUUCAUGACCAGACCAGUGCGUGCACUCGCCCGGGGCACGUGCUUACCCGAUGACCUGUGACCCCGAUGGGGGGUGAAGGUCGUCUGUCGGAGGGGGGGAGUCUGAGAACCCAGAGGAAUCACUACCUGUUUAGUAGAAAGUGUAGUUUCUAGAUGUGAGGUACCAAACGUUCUGGAGGCGUUCCAGAGCAGCUGGGAAAUUCAAGGCUUUAUUUUAAAGGCAUGAUUUAGUGGUGGAGUUCUGUUUGUGCGAACUUGUUCCCGUGUUUUGCUUUUCUGUGUUUACUUUAGUGUUUUUGAAGGCGGGGGGAAGGGGGGCGGUGACGCCCUCAAAGCUUCGUUUGAAAUCAAGACGUUUCCGUCUGAGUAGAUCAUGCAGCUCUUUUGUAAGUUCAAACUGUUUACCAUGUGCUUCAAUGUGAUGAACAUCCUUUCAAUAAAAAGUCCAACCUGA